AUGUCUCCUAGUGACUUCCUAUCUCAAUGCCCCGGUCUAUCCGGUCUGAAUGCAUACAUGCGCCCCCUCUCCGUCACCGAUGUCAAGUCCUGCGUUGAAGUCGAAAAUACAUUCCCGGAGCAAGAGCGAUGCUCAGAAGAGAAGUUCAUCUACCGCCUCACAGUCUGCCCAACCCUAAGCAUGGGCCUCUUCAUCAAGACCCCAACAGGCGGUCGCCAAAUCGGCCAUGUCAUCGGGGCCAGAAUAUCCUCCAACACCAUCACAGAAGCAUCAAUGGGGAUGCCUGAGAAUUGGCAGUCUCUGCCUGUUUCCGAACCCGUCGUUGUUGACGGGCAGACGGUAGGCAAUGAUCCUAGCGGCGGGAACGUUGCUAUUCACUCCGUUGUUACGAUUCCUGAGUUUCAGGGGAAGGGGAUUGGGAGGGAUAUGGUGAAGGCUUAUGUUGAGUAUAUUAGGGAGGAAGCGAGGGAUGUGAAGAGUAUUGUGUUGAUUGCGCAUGAUUAUUUGAUUCGGUUUUAUGAGCAGGGUGGAUUUAAGAAUCGGGGGACCAGUGAGUGUCGGUUUGCUGGGGGUGUUUGGACGGAUUUGGUAUGCGAUAUUUGA